AUGGACUCGACACAUCCCACCGCCGGCUGGGAGAAGGUCGGCGACCGGUUUUACCGCAAGACACAGCUUUAUACGGCCGUAUUUGAUCUCGACUUGGACCUAGACAACUUCUUUGUCGCCGGAGCCCCUUAUGGCGGCGCUGUAGCUCUUUACCGUGAUGACACCAAGAUCCUGGCUUAUCGCACUGGCAAAUCAUCAAAGCCCAGCAUAGACAUCUACAGCUGCGCUGGGAAGCUGAUCAAGAGCAUACCCUGGGAGCAUGGUUCUAUCAAAGGCCUUGGCUGGUCAGAGGAUGAGAAGCUUCUAGUUGUCACAAAGGAUGGCAUCGUACGUUGCUACUACGAUCUCCAGGGCGACUUCACCCAGUUUUCCCUCGGCAACGGUGCAGAGGACCAUGGAGUGCAGUCCUGCAAAUUCUACGAAACAGGGCUUGUGGCCUUACUGAACAACAACACCCUGAUCUCGGUAUCUUCAUACGAUGAGCCGCGGCCCAAGGCUCUGGCCCAGCCCCCAGGGGGAGAUGUACAUUCGUGGACAAUCAUACCGCCCGCUUACACCCUGUCCCGCUCUGUCGAGGCACUGCUCAGUAUCGAUGAGACUGUCUACAUGGCGGACGCUACAGAAGUGGAAGACCGCUUCCUAGAUCUAGGGCCCUUUACACACCUCGCAGUCUCGCCAAACGGAAAAUUUGCUGCCCUAUACACAAAUACCGGCAAGGCACAUGUCAUAACGAGCGACUUCCAGAACCGUUUGACAGAGUACGAUUCCAGGUCACGAAUUCCUCCAAAGUACGUGCAAUGGUGCGGUAAUGAUGCCGUCGUUGUUGCCUGGGAGGACGAGGUCCACGUCGUUGGUCCGGGAGGUGCUGUGGCCAAGUUCUUUUACGAGGGAAGGGUGCAUGUGAUCCAAGACCACGACGGCGUUCGUAUCCUCACGAACGAUGUCUGUGACUUGGUUCAAAAAGUUCCAGAUGUCACAGAUGAGGUGUUCAGAUUCGGAACAGAGUCUCCUGCCUCGAUCCUGGUGGAUGCCGUGGCUCAGCUGGACAUUCAAUCCCCCAAGGCCGAUGACAACAUCCAACUCAUUCGUCCCAACCUUGUUGAAGCAGUCGACACUUGCGUUAAUGCCGCCGGACAAGAGUUCAGUAUUCAUUGGCAGAAACAGCUGCUCAAGGCCGCGUCGUUUGGCAAGUCUGUGCUGGACAUAUACAACAGCGAUGAUUUUGUCGAAAUGUGUGAAACGCUGCGGGUCCUCAAUGCAGUGCGCUUUUACGAGAUUGGACUACCUAUAUCAUACGAUCAAUUCCAGCGUUUGACGCCUGAAGGACUCAUCAGCCGCCUGCUCAAUCGCCAUGAGUAUCUGCUUGCUCUUCGCAUAGCAGGUUAUUUACGGCUGUCUUCAGACAAGAUAUAUGUGCACUGGGCUUCAUCAAAAGUCCGCACAGGGUCGGAAGAUGACGACACCAUUUGCCGCCUUAUAGUCGACAAACUUUCUGGCAAACCUGGCAUAUCAUUCGAAGCCAUCGCGCGCGCCGCCUAUGAUGAAGGCCGGGGGCGUCUGGCCACCGAACUCCUCAAUCACGAACCUCGCGCCGGCAGGCAGGUCCCUCUCCUGCUCAGCAUGGAAGAGGAUGAGAUGGCCCUGGACAAGGCCAUUGAGAGCGGUGAUACCGACCUCGUCUAUUUCGUCCUGCACACGCUGCGCCGGAAGCUUCCUCUGGCCGCCUUCUUCCGCACUAUCAAUCACAGGCCGGUGGCCACGGCGCUGGUCGAGUCGGCUGCGCUUCGCGAAGAUGACAGCGCCCUCCUUAAAGAUCUGUACUAUCAAGAUGACCGUCGCGUGGAUGGCGCGUCCGUGUUCAUCCGCGAGUCUCUUGUGCAACCGGACAGCCGGACAGCUUCGGACAAGCUGGCGCUGGCGGCCAAAUUGUUGAGUGACAACAGCAAGGAGAACGCAUUUGAGCUGGCUGCAUCCAAGGAAGCCGUGACACUCUUGCGGAUGCAGGAGGCCUUUGACCGUGACCUGACUGACAGCUUCACGGGACUCAGCGUCAACGAGACCAUGUUCAAGCUAAUCAGGCUGGGCUACAGCGGGCGAGCCAAGAAGAUCCAGAGCGAGUUCAAGGUGCCAGAGAAGGUGGCCUGGUGGAUCCGCCUGCGGGCCUUCGUCGCCAAGCGCGAUUGGAACGAGCUAGAGGAUAUAUCGAAGCAGCGGAAGAGCCCGAUCGGGUGGGAACCGUUCUACAACCUCACCUUGCAGGCGGGCAAUCCUCGCCUCGCCGCAGCCUUCAUCCCAAAAUGCACCAACCUCGAGCCAGGUGCCUCAAUCACCAUGUACGAGAAGUGUGGCAUGCGUGUUAAGGCUGCGGAGGAGGCAGUCAAGAUCAAGGACCAGGAGGCGUGGCAGAAGCUGCUGGAAGCCGCGGCGGAUUAG